AUGCCCUCCCGCCCUGCUCCCGGCCCCUCCCCGGCCCGGGGCAGCCCAGCCAUGGGGGAGAUGGAGCCCAAGGCCCAGCAGCUCACGCUCUGCUCUGCUCUGUCCCUGCUCUGCUUAGCCGUCCUCCAUAAGGACCUGGUGACCCCCCUGCUCCUCACCCGUCCCCUAGGUGACGUGCAGGCUCAGUCCAUUAGACGGUGGGCCGUGGACAAGGAAGUCAGCGCCCUGUGGGGUUCAGCGGCCUUGACUGCUUCACCAGGAGUGGGAGGCUCACCGGAGGUGGGGGUGGGUGCUGGGCCGGGGCCUCUGUGGCCUGGAAGGACGGGGAGCUCCUCCCUGGGUCCCGGGAAGGCAGCUGCUGCGGCGUCCUGCCCACAGGUGGCACUUCGGAUCCGCCCGCUCAACGACACAGAACUGGAGGAAGGGGCCGCCGUCAUCGCCCGCAAGGUGGGGGACCAGAUGGUGGUGCUCAUGGACCCCAGCGAGGACCCUGAGGACCCGCUGCGCACACACCGGUCUCGGGAGAAGACCUUCAUCUUCGACGUUGUGUUCGACCAGCACGCGUCCCAGGAGGACGUGUACCUGGCCACCACCCAGCAAUUAGUGGAAGGCGUGGUUUCUGGAUACAACGCGACGGUGUUCGCCUACGGCCCCUCAGGCGCUGGCAAGACCCACACGAUGCUAGGCAUGGACACGGAGCCUGGGAUCUACCUGCAGACACUCAGUGGCCUCUUCCAGGCCAUCGAGGAGACCCGUGACAGCACGGACUGCAGCGUGUCCAUGUCUUACCUCGAGAUUUAUAACGAAGUGAUCCGGGACCUCCUGAGCCCGUCCUCGGGGUUUCUGGACCUGCGGGAAGAUUCUAGGGGCAGCAUCCAGAUUGCAGGCAUCACAGAGGUCUCAACCUCCAACGCCCAGGAGAUCAUGCAGCUCCUCACCAAAGGCAACCGGCAGCGCACGCAGGAGCCCACGGCCACCAACAAGACGUCGUCCCGCUCGCACGCGGUGCUGCAGGUCAUCGUGCGCCGGCGCGGCCGCGGCGCACACCCGGCGGAGGAGGUGCGCGUCGGCAGGCUCUUCAUGGUGGACCUGGCGGGCUCGGAGCGGGCGUCCCAGACCCAGAACCAAGGCAAGAGAAUGAAGGAGGGUGCCCACAUCAACCGCUCCCUGCUGGCGCUGGGCAACUGCAUCAACGCACUCAGCGAGAAGGGAGGCAGCCGGGCGCAGUAUGUGAACUUCCGGGACAGCAAACUGACGCGUCUGCUGAAGGACGCCCUGGGCGGGAACAGCCGGACCGUGAUGAUCGCCCACAUCAGCCCGGCCAGCACACACUUCGAGGAGUCGCGGACCACCCUGCUGUAUGCCUACCGGGCCAAGAACAUCAAGACGAGGGUCAAGCGUAACCUGCUGAGCGUGUCCUGCCACAUCGCGCAGCACACGGACGUCACCUCCGACCUGCGCGGGCAGAUCCAGCGCCUCAAGGCCAAGGUGGAGAGGCGGGAGAGGGAGAGGAGGGGCGAGCCUGGCAGCCGGGAUGCUCAAGGUAGGGCCAGCACACCUGCGCCUCCUGCCGUGGCGCUGCCCUGGGCCCACGGCCUUCUCCUGCCUGGCGGGGGGUCCCUGCUGAGCGUCCCACCCCUUAAAUCGAAUGCUUCAUCCGCUGGCAUUCGGCACACCCACUGUGUGGGGCAGCCUCCUCCUCUUGUCUUGCUCUGGACCAUUUCUGCCCCAAAUGCAGAGGAGGACAGCCGCCUGCAGAUGAACAGGAUCCGGGCGCAGCUCAUCGGGGCCUUCAAGGAGCAGCUGGAGAUGCGGCGCAGCCUGGUGGAGCUGGAGAACACCAGCAUCGGGCUGCACGUGGACACGUCCCGCCACCUGCUGACCAUCGCCGACUGGGAGCGGGAGAAGUCUCACCACCUGGCACCCAGGGCUGGGACGCCCGAGAGGGACGAGGAGGCGCUGGAGGCCGGCCCUGAAGGGAGCGAGGGCGAGCCCGCAGAGCCGCACGAGGUGGCCCUGGCCAGGGAGGAGGUCAACAUGCUCCUGGCAGAGCAGCGGAAAACCGCAGCCCUCAAGGCGGGCCUGGAGCAGCGUCUGGCCAACGCCAAGAAGAAGGCCUCGCAGAUGGAGGAGCAGCUGCCGGCGCAGGUCCUCAGCGAGGACCAGCGGGAGGUGCUGCGGCUGCUGUGCCGGGUGCACGAGCUGGAGGUGGAGAACACGGGGCUGCAGGCCAGCAGCCUGUGCAGGAGGAGCCUGCUGUGCCAGAAGGACUUCGUGAUCCAGCGCUGCCAGCGGCACCGACGCCUGUGCGAGCGGGUCAUCCGGGAGCAGCAGCGGCUGAUCCAGGAUAGCGGCCUGGCGGUGCCGGAGGCCCUGGAGCAGCAGUACGGUCUGUACUCCCGGGAGCUGGACGCGGGCACGCUGAACCGCCUGCUGCUGCUGCACACCGUGAUGGCCAGCUCCCUGCGCGUGAGUAGGCUUCGGGUUCAGGCUGUGUGA